UGUCCUUUCAGUUGUCUCGUGUCUGUCAACGCGUUCGGUUAACGAAAGUUACGUGCGAUUCCCAUUUGUCGCGCUGCUCUGCGCCAAAGCGCGCAAAUUUAACGUCAUUUUUCACGAGAUUUUCAUUUCCAAUUAACAGGGUGUGUUGAGUGAGUGAGUGUGUGUGCUUCUGUGUGUUCGUUAGGCUAUGCAGCCUCCAAAUUAAAAAGGAAAUAGAGAAAAGAAUUACAUAUGCAAAUAGUGCGGCUUUAAAUUGUAACCGUUUUUGUUUUGCUUAUCGCGCGCUGCUUUAUAGCACUGACUGUGACCUAGCUCCGGGCCAAGACUCACGCAUCGCACAUACGCCCCGUGAUACGUGCUGUAGAUACAUCAGUUGUUGACUAAGUAACAAUGUCCCGCAUAGCGAGCUAACUUAAAUAUUGACAUCGCAUGUAAACAGCGCCAGCAGCGAGCGUCCCACCACACGCAAUAAAUAAGUACUUCUCGGUGUCAACAUGAUUGACGUGGCCCUGCUGUCGAUGAGUGGCUGGACUGCAGCUGCAACUGUGACAACUGAACGUGUUCCAUGCAUAUAGUUUGCCAAAUGAUAAGACAACAAGGAACAGCUGUGUGGCGACUCAGUUGAACACACGUAAAGGAGCUCAUCAGAAACAGGGAAACAGACGAAACAUAAAAGCCAAGUCAAUGUCGCUGCUGACAAUUGUCAGGUUAACAACGAUAUUGCUGCUGUUUAUGCUGCUGCCGGCGGCAACAUUGUUAACAAAUCAACAACAACAAAAAGAACAGCAACAGCUGCAACAUGCACGCCUCAGGCGUCAAAACAAUCCGGAUCAAAAGUUUUCGCUGCCCGCAGUUCCAUUGCCACCUCCGCCGCCUUUUCCAGCGGCCAAGCAUAACUUUGCCCUGAAUGCUUUUGCCAUUGGCGAGCAUUCAGCUGGCAAUGGCAAUGGUGCCGUCGGCGGCGGGGGCGGGGGUGGUGUCAGCGGUGGCUCCUUCUCUUCAUCCAUUUCCUCUUCGUCCGGCUGUGGUGGCUUACUCAAGUCACGCUAUGGCCUCAUUCAAACGCCAAAUUUUCCGCAUCGCUUUGCCACGCCCAUCGAAUGCGUUUGGAUAAUUGAUGCCUCCGAGCUGCCGGCCACCGCCCAGGGCAAUGUUUCCAUUGUGGUCUAUCUGACGCAGCUCUAUGUGCUGGGCGGGCUCAAAUUCACCGAGUACAUGUACUACUCGGACGACUUUAAGGUGCCCGCCCAUCGCGUCUUCACCCUGACCGAGGAGGAGGUCACCCAAGUCACCUGGCUGCAGUUCAACAGCCAAUACCUGGAGAUACGCUUCACCAUGGCCACGCUGGACGGCACCCAUUUGCGGGCUCUCGAUCGAUUGCUCGACGUCUACGGCUUCAAUAUCACCUACGAGGUGCAGCACGAGGUGAAGGCCAGCCAGUGCAAUACCCUGCAGUGUCGCUUUCUGGGCGACUGCUAUGCCAGUGCCGAUUACAGCUCAUAUGCGUGCGCCUGUUUUCCCGGCUUCAGUGGCACCGAUUGCGGCCACGGACCGCUCUGCACGGAUGCGCAUACAAAUAUAUGCCAGAACGGUGGCGUCUGCAAGCACAUUGGCGAUGCGGCAAUAACAUGUCACUGUCCCAAUGGCUACAAGGGAACCAAAUGUGAAAUACCCGAAAUAGUCGAGGCGACGCAGGGUUGCAUUGGAAAUGCCAGCGUUAGUAAUUGCCAUCGUGCAUGUGAAUUUGACAACGGCAACAACUACAACUACAACAGCAACAGCAACAACAACAACAAUGGCGCCUCUAGCGCCAGCUCGAGCAUUUUCAACGUGCGAAGCAAUCGCAAUGCAGCACGUAGUGGCAAGACCCGGUACGAGGUGACCAUGCGACUGGGCGCCAAUCUGACCGGAUACUAUCGCAAUGCGGAGCGCGAACAGUUAGCCGGCGUCAUGGAGCGACAGCUUUCUCGGGUGCUGCGCAAUUUCAAUAUAACCAAGAUAAGCGAUCUGGAAUUAAUAUCGAAUACCACGGAUCGUUUGGAUAUAACAUUUCACUUCUUUGGCAUCAAGGGCGACUCGCAGCGGAUUCGCGAGGCCAUCACUCGGAUGGUCGAGCGCGGACGGAUUGGCAACUUUACGCUCGUCUCGAAUUUUCAUCACUUCGACGAGAAUCCUCCCUUAAACAUGUUGGACUUGAGCGUCAAUCAGCCGCAGGCAGCUGUGCGCGAGGACAGCGAAUUCAUCAUAUCCUGCACGGCCCAGGGCUCCUCUCGCAUGCAGUUCCAGUGGUUCAAAGACGGCGCCGCCGUCAAUGCCACCAAGGCAACGAGAGAAAUUUGGACAACCGUACUGCCGCCGGAAACGAAAGAUGUCUAUACGGCCAUUUUGGGCGUGACCAAGGCGAGUCGCAUCGACGAGGGCGUCUACAGCUGCAAGGUCACCGACUGGGGCGUCGAGCAGUGCCGCUCCCUGCACAUCCACAUCAAGAGUCCGCCCCGGCUGCGCGUGGAUCCGGCCAGCGUGACGUUGCAGCGCGGCGAUUCGCUGCGGGUGCGCUGCCUGUCGCCGGGCAACGACGACAUCAAGCGAUAUGCCCAGCUGGGCUACAGCUGGACGCGCAACGGGGUGCUCUUCCAGUCGGACGCUGCGACGGCCAUGUGGGAGGAUCUCUACCCGGACGGCAGCAUUCUGAAGAUCAACAACAUCCAGAAGUCGGCGGAGUACGCUUGCCUCGUGUCGAACAGCGUGCGGCCGGUGUCGCGCAGCGUCUACAUCAAUGUCAUCGAACGGAAUGCUGUGCACGUGUGCCUGGCCGAGUCCAGCUUUGGCGUCCAUUGGCCCACCAGUGCACCGGGCGCACCCAUCAUCACCGACUGUCCGCGCGGCUUCGAGGGGCACUCGCGUCGCAUCUGCGAGCAGCGGGACAACGCCGGCAACUCCAGCUGGCUCCUGCCGGACUUCUCCAGCUGCGUGCGGGACGAGCUGCUGCUCAUCUACAACCGAUUCAGAGCUCUCAGUGCGGGAUUCCAGCAAACGAACUCAUCGAACAUACUGAAGGCCUGCUUCGAGUACACGCUCCAGCGGCGACAGAGCUUCCUGCCCGGCGAGGCGAGCUUCCUCAUCGACAUGCUGCACGAGCUCGACACCUAUUUGCAGCUGAAGGGCACACAACUGGAGCGUGAGAUGGCGGCGGAGAUAAUACUCCGGAUUCUGGAUAAAGUCAUGCAGAAUGCGCAAUCCCUGAACAGUCAACAGCAAAUUAAAAAGUUGCAACUUUUAACGCAAUCUGCGGCGCUGAACCGCGAGACAAUUGCUGCCUCACAAUUGGCCACAUCGACAGGCAGCGGCGGCGGCAGCCAGACGACAUCCUCGGCCACGGCUGCUGACAGCUCGACAACUUUGACCGCACAGCGGGCGAAGGGCAGCGGCAGAGGUGAUGGAAUGAGUGCUGGUGACGCUGGCAGCGCUGCCAGCAAGCUGCUGGGUAAGAGUGGAGCAGGUGGAGCUGGUGGAGCAGUUGGCGACGGCGGAGCCGCAAGCAUUUUGACAGUGGACGAGGACACAUUGUCGCUGGAUCGGCUGAACUCAUUGCGCAUCUACAUGACCUCAGUGAAAACAUUGCCGUUCAAUUUACGCAUUUACGGCGAGGACCUAUUCUCGGACCAACUUUACAUGGACAUCGGACUGUCCACGCGUCUGCUGCAUAUCAUGGCCAAUUCGACAAUAUUUGCUUCUGUGAUCUCUUAUAAGAAUCUUAAAAGUUUUCUACCAAAAACUUACUACACGCGUGGCAGCGACCCCAAGGACUCGGACUAUGUGCUGGCCUCGCGCAUCAUUCAAACUUGGCUGUUUCAAUCGAAUCGCUCGAAUGACAAUUUCCGCGAACCCCUCGACCUGUCCUUUGAAGCCGGCCACGUGGAGAUUAUAUUCCAGCACGAGAGUGUGCCCAAAACGGGCGACUGGGUUGCCGUCUGCGGGCACGACUACAAGGCAUCCUUUGACUCCACCUGGCGCUCGGAUCUCUGCAUCACAAAGCAUCUAAUGGAGAACAUCACCCGUUGCAUCUGCCCGCUCUCCGGCACCUAUGUGGUCAUGCUGACCAAGAGGCAACCACACUCGUCGCAGUCGCAUACGCCCCAGCGGCCCAUCUUUGUGAUCGUGAGCUGCGCCCUCUGCCUGCUGCAAUGCUGCUGCGCCUUUCUCAUCCUGCUGCCCAUUUGGUGCAAUCGGAAAUGCGCCGUCACCUUUCUGAAAAUGCAGUUUUGCAUCUCCACAUCAAGCGUGAUGCUCAUCUAUCUGUUGGGCUUCAUGAAAAUGCUGCCGGCGAACUGGCAUGCCAUAAUCAGCAGCUCGCUGGCCUCGCUGCUGCUGCUGGGCAUCUCCACGCUGAUUGCCAUUGCGCUGGUCAUACACACGGAGCUGGUGCCGAAGAAGUAUCUGCAAAUCGGCAGCAAACCACCGACACCCACCAAACAAGCGGCGUCCAAGCGCCGCGAGAGUCUAAGUAAUAUUACGCAAAUCAGCAGCGCUCAGUCUCCGGAGGCGAAUGGCUCGAGUCGCAGUCGGAGUCGCAGUCAGAGCCGGAAUCACCCACCGCCGAGUCGGGGCAGAUCUGCCGCCGGGUCCUCGCUGCCAUUGUCUAGCGGCUCAGCGGGCAUACGCGGCGCCAUCGGCAUUAGCUGGCUGCUUCCGCUGCUGUUCGCCAUUGCCGCACCACUAAUAUGCAGCAUCAUAGGCAAAUGGCCGCGCCACUGGUGGCCGGAGCUGGUCUGGACGGGCGGCAGGCAGCAGACAGCCGCGGAUGCCGCCAGUACGGACGGGGAUGCCGGCGAGGAGUACGGCGAGGACGGCGGCGUCUACUAUGCCACGCACUCGCUGCUCAAUGCCGAUAAUUUACUGCUCGAGUCGGAGGCGCUGCUGGGCAAUGCGACUGGUAGACGUCAGGCAGCUCCCACACUGGCUGAGCCGUCGGCCAAUGCUCUCGCCACGUCAGCGUCAUCAAUCACAGUUGGCAGCGAGUCGAACUUGGCCGCUGUGACAGCUGCGGCAUUGACUUGGCCGCAACAGCAGCUGCAGCAGGAGGAGAAGCAGCCAUCCGUUGGCUGGAUUACGCCCGGACACGCCGCGGCAUUCACUUCCGGCACAUCGGCAACUCCAUCGCCGUCGCCGUCGCUGAGCUUCAUUCUGUUCGUUUGCAUCGAUUUGCUGUUCAUUCUGCUCUUCUGUGCGCUGUUUGUCAUUUUAAUGAAGAAGCUCUUGUGGCUAUGGCACAAGAAUCGCAAUGUGCAUGCCCAUCCGCUGGAUAAAUUCAAUAUGGCACUGCGCAGGCGACUUGGCCUACUUUAUCGUGCCGGCGGUUUGCUGCUCGUAAAACUCUGCACCGAUGGCUGCUUCAUCGUCUACGUGAACUCAACGCCGGAUACUUUAUGGGCAUAUCCGUUUGGCAUAUCGUGCAUAAUAUUGGGCUUUGCCAUUCUCUUCUGUUUUGUGCUCAAGGCGGAGAGUCAACUGCGAGGACCGCCAUUCCUGAGCAGCAACGGCAGCAGCCAGAGCAGCUCGCUGAAGCAGACCAAGUUCAACACGAGCAAGACCAGCCUGGACGACAACUACUGCACGACGACGACGGCCAGCAUAAAUAGUCCACUGAGCUUCUAUACGAAUCAUGACAAGGAAAAGGAGAGCGAGUGCCUGGCCCCAUCAGCAGCAGCAGGAGGCGGAACAGCAGCCGCAAUGGUCGCAGCUGGGACGAGCGGAGCGGGCGCUGCGCCGCUGCAGCAGAAGCAGGGCCUGGAGCUGUCAACGACAGCCGCCGGGGCUGUGCAGCUGCCGUUGACAAUCAUCUCGACGGCGCCGCGCUGCCAGGCGGCCAUUGUGAGCAGCACGGCGGAGACGCUGCUGGGCGGGCAUCAGCAGCUGCCGCUGACGGUGGCCGCCUCGCCAGCCACGCGCUGCUGUGCUCUGCUAGGAGGCGGGGGCGGCGGGGGAGCAGGAGUCGGUGCUGGCGCUGGCAUUGAGGCGCCCAGUGGCCUGGGCUAUGCGUACGACGCCUACACAAUGGGCGGCCUAACGGGCAGCCUGGGCAGGCGCAUCCUGCACCACCAUCAGCCGCACUAUGCCACGGGGCCAUGCGAUGAAUUCGUGGGCGUCGAGACGCUGGACAUACUACAGGGAUUGGCAGCAGACAGCAUCAUUGGCAUACACACGGCCACGCCCCCCCACUAUGUGCCGCUGCAGCACAAUCCGUACGUGGACUUUGUGCCCAGCCCCAUGCUGCUCAGCAUGCAGGCAGGGCCGGGACCGGGACCGGGACCGGGGCCACCCACUAUCAGCGGGAAUCUGAGUGGAGCUGGCGCCAUCCUCUCCAGCGGCACGCUGCCCACGCCAAAGACGCAGAAGCGCGUGACCAUACUGGAGCCAACGUCGCGCACCACCUUCGAUCCCAUGCUGCCCACCAUGGUGGCUGCCGUGGUGUCCACCACAACCACCACGGCCACCAGCACAGUGUCCGUGACGCCGUCCACGCAGACCGCCGGAGUGGACAGCAGCGGCAAGGGUGCGGGCGGCGAUGCGACUCUGGAUCGCAUCAGCCACGAUCUGGACUACCUGCUGAACCGCGGCUGUCUGGAUGCGGCUGCAGCAACACCGCCACCAUCGCCGCCGCCCGCCGAGGUGGUCAAGAAGUGCGACGAGGCGCAGCAGAGCAGCCAACUAUAAUGGACGCAGCCGAGCGAGGGCUCCUCGAAAACCUAUCAGUGUAAAUAGAGUAGUCGAUCGAACUGUAAAUAGCUAACUAUUAGUGCUUAAAUGGAUAGCUCUAAUUUAUUUACUAAAUAAUUAGUUCCUUUUAGUUAUUUAACAAUUAUGUGUAUAUGAAUGCCAUCAAAGCAAAAACAAAACAAAUCAAAUCGAAGCGAAUCAACUCUGUAAAAUGACAUUCAAAAUCAAACUUCAAAUCAUCUAAAUGAAUUUAAAUAAAAUAUAAAAUAUAUAAAUAAAAAACAUUUUUAGCUAGAUUUACAAAAUGAAAACAAAAUCAACAUUCUACAAAGAUAAAAAAUUAAAUGAAAUUAACCGGUUAUUGUAAUAUUAAUAAGUAAGCCUAGGCUAAAUCGAUGUAAGCACAACUGUGCUUCGGUUUUUUGAUUCCAUUUAACAUUUUCCUAGACCUUAAAAACAAAACAAAAAACAAAAAAACAAAAAAAAAUUA